ACUAUAUGUUAAAAUAGAAUUUAGAAUAUCCGUUGUCAUCAUAUACAUAUAUUUCCAUACAUACGUAGAGUUGGAGAGAGAGACGCCAGAGGGAAAAAAUGGAAUGAUGGAUACAAGAGCAUCCAAAAAGUCAUACACAUAGACCUUCAAAAGUCUUCACCUUAAAUUCCUAACACAUAUAUGUGUUAGUGUGUGACCUUUGAUUGAACUUUGUCCACAAAACCCCAAGGUAGACCAAAAAGGUUCAAACCCCAAAACAAGCAACACAAAAGCAGCCAAAGAGCUAGAGACCAAGAUGACACCAAGCAGCCAAAGUUCUGAAAACUCCAAAACUUGUCCAUCUAACAACUUCAAAGCAACCACCACGAAGGAAGACGACGACAAAGAUGAAGAAGAGGAAGAAGAAGAAGAGGAGGAUGAAGAAGAGAGAUCAGCAGAUCAGAGCCCAUCUAGCAAUAGCUAUGUGGAAGAGAGUCGGAGUCAACAUCAUCAUAAUAAUAAUGAUCAGAUCAAGAAAAAAGGUGGAUCUGUGAGGCCAUACAACCGCUCAAAGACUCCAAGGCUGCGAUGGACACCUGAGCUCCAUCUCUGCUUUCUUCAAGCUGUGGAGAGAUUGGGUGGACCAGAUAGAGCAACACCGAAGCUUGUUCUUCAGUUGAUGAACGUCAAGGGGCUAAGUAUUGCCCAUGUCAAGAGCCAUCUUCAGAUGUACAGAAGCAAGAAGACCGAUGACCUAAAUCAAGGUAAUUUACUUCUUUUAGGAGAUCAGGGAUUUUCUUUUGAACACGGAGCUGGUUACACUUACAACCUUAGCCAACUUCCAAUGCUACAAAGUUUUGAUCAAGGGCCUUCUACUAGUUUAGGCAGAUACGGUGGCGGUUCGUGGAUCGACCAUAGACGACAGGUCUACCGUAGCCCUUGGAGAGGCUUAACGGCACGAGACAAUACAAGAACAAGACAAACACUGUUUAGCUCACAGCUUGGCGAGAGAUUUCUUGGAGUUAGCAAUAGUAUUCUUGAUGAUAAGAAUAAAACUAUUUCGUUUCGAACCAAUUCUCGUGAAGCGGCUCAUGCCAGCAAUGGUAUAGGUGAAGCUGUUCCAAGAAGUCAUAGUAGUUUUCUUGAAGGUAUGAAGACGUUUAACAAAUCAUGGGGACAGAGCUUCCCCUCCAAUCCUAAUCCUUCGAUGCCAUCAAAACCACAAGAUCAUACUGCUGUGACAUUGAACUUUCAUCAAAGUGACAAUCCUCGAGUGGGAGAAGAAACGGAGAAUGACUUGAAGAGGAAAAGAUUGUUAUUAUCUGGUGACUACAAUAAGUCGAACCAAGAUUUGGAUCUAUGCUUGUCCCUUAAGGUACCUCCUACACACAACAAUCUUGGAGAAUGCUUGUUAGAAGAGGGAGAAAAAGAGCAUGAAGAUAGCAAGCGGUUGUCUCUUUCAUUAUCUUCAUCGAGUUUAUCACAGCAUGGUCGAGCCAUUAGGAAAGAAGAUCAAAAUGAUCAUAAAAAGAGAAAGAUUUCGGUCUUGGCAAGUCCCCUUGAUCUCACUUUAUGAAUAUAUACUGCAACAUAUAUAUACGUAUAUUCUAAGUGAGAUGUUGAGGUACUUGUUGAUGGAAGACGGUUCUUUGUGGUUUAUCAUUCGUUGCAUACUUGUGACAAGACCCAUAACUAAGGUAAUAAUAGAGACAUUUUUAAACGUUAUUUGUCCUUUUUUCCACAUAUUUUUUCAAGAUGUUAUAUGCUUGUUAAAUAUAAAUGUUUGUGAUCGAAUUGUGAGCAGAAAUUUUUUUAUUCUGAAUAGUAGUAUCCAAGAAAUAGAUUAGCGAGUUAUACGGUUUUCAGAGUUACAAGACAUUGCACGUUGCCUUGGUUGUGUCUUGUUGUGAGACGUUGCAAAUGUAUGUGUAGUUCCCGUUUUCACUCACUCUCACACAACAAGUAUCCUAAGCCAAUAUUUUGUUCCCUAAGAAGGAGAUCAUGUGGGGAAAUAUUUACAUCAACGUAAAAUCAGUGAGAUUAUACAUGAAAUCGUCCAUCUCUAUUUGCAUUAGAGCAUGAGCCAAAUUUGUCAAUGUUACAACCAAAGUAAUCACAUUAACGUUAAAGUCCAUUUCUAAUUUGGCAUCACUCUUGUAAUGAUUUCUGACAAUACCAUGCACUCUUUUAAUAUUAGAAUGAAACCGUUUUUUUACAAACUUUGUUUCUUUUUUUUGGUCAAAAUGUGAAUUCAAAAUGAGAUCCAAGAUAACCUGGAUCUAUUGCUGCAUACAAACUUUGUUUCUUCUCUCAUAAGACUUUCUUUAAGAAAAGUUUGGGGAGAAAGACAAGAAGACAGAUGUACUUGACAGAGAGAUGUUCUUGAUCUCCUCGAUAGGCAACAAAUUAUUUGUAAUUCGCAUAUAAUCGUUUUCUUAUCAUCUCGGGCCUUGAAUAAGAUUUGGCCAUAUUGUAUUCUAUAUUUGAGAAUAUUUACAUAUUUUUCAGGGAAUCAAAACUAUGGAAGAUUUUUGUUGUUUUGUGUAUACCUACAUGUGUCUUUGUUGUAUAAUAUUCUUCCUAAGCCUUAAUAAUUGACCAAUAUAUAUUACACAUAUACUGUUAAGUCAACAUAUUUGUAACGUUAAAAUCAUUGGGUAAAGAUAGCAUAAGAAGAUAGUGUUUUGUAUGUGAAUACUAUGUUUGGCAUGACCCGUAAUUUAACAUAGCGUUUUCAAAUUACAAAGCUAUCUAUAUAUUAACGCGAACAAUUUUUAGUGAUUGGCGCUUCUAAAUAUAUAUUAAAAACGCUAUGAAUUGGUGAAGCGGGCUAAAAAAUUUCAAGUCCCGCGUGACUUACAUAAAAAAUAGAAAAGUGUUUAAAAACAAAAGAAAUUAUGUUCUUCUUUUAUCUUCUGCUCUUUCAUUCUCGCUCUCUAGAUUUAGGGUUCUAAACUGACCACCUAACGCAGAUACAGAAGAGGGAAGAGAGAAGAGAGAAGAGAAAAGAGAAAAGAGUGAAGAGAGAAGAGAUAAGAGAUAAGAGAGAAGAUUUCAAUCUUCGUCGAAGUCCCACGCGAGCUUUUGGUUUCUCCCUUUGGUGAGCUCUGCGCGGUUACAUUGGACCAAGAGAAAGCCACCAGAGAAAUUCUCCGAUCCAGAACCUGAGUUGCUGAUUCAAAACUGAAAACCCUAGCCGGUACAGAUAUGUUCGAGGUAAUUUGAAGAUGAAACUGGUUAAUGUAGAGAAGAAGACCAGGAAAUUCAAAAAGGUAAUGAAACCAAAUUUAAUUUUUUAGGUUUUCGAAAUUUGGGGGUUUAUCUUUCCGUUUUUAAAACGAUAUUGAUCUUCUUGUGUUGUCUUUGUGUUGUUGCUAUUGAAUCUGUUGGGAAGCAUAUUCCAAUGGCCUUCGUGGAGAAAGUUAAAGAGGAUUAAUUCCAUGGUGGUGGAAAGGCUACCACUGUACACCCAACAGCUUGAACAAAGAGUUUGGAUACUUUUGGCUCUCUACCAUCAAUCUCAGGAGUCAUAUAUCCAUGUCAAUCUCAGAAUUCUACACUUAAAAUGUCUACUUUGAUGGUUUUAUUUCUUGAUAUCCUACUGUUUACUCGCAUGUAUGUACAUGAAAAUAAGCUUCUUCAUCUUCUUUAGAACUUUAUUGCAGAAAACUAAAUCUUGUUUAGUCAUUCAUUGAAAUAUUUGGUACUUUGUGUGUCUUGUUGUGGUGAUGUUUGGGGGAGAAAGAACUAACCAUUCCUCUUACUACAUUUGUGUGAUGUUCUGUUUCCGCUACCUGACUAAAGUUUCUUAUUGUUUUCUUGAAGCAAACCAGGGGAAGAAAGGCCUGGAGGAAGCUGUUCCUGGAUCUUAGUGACUCUGAAUGCUGAGAAGACGUGGCUGCUUUGAGAUUUGCGAGGAACACGGUGAAAUCAUUUUCAGUCUUUUGCACAAUUUGUUUGAUGAUACACUACACAACUGGAACCACAGCUCCACCAACAGCCACACUGCCACAGCAAGAAGCAGAUGAUGGAGUGAUGUGGAGGAGAUCACACGAGUUGUCAUGAUUAUGGCUCUUCUUGUUUAGAUUCUUAUGCUUCUUUUUUUCCUUCCUUGUUUGAGCUCUAAUUGUUUAUGCUUUGUGUUGAUUGUAGAAGAAGGAGGACAGAUGAGACAGAGAGAAUACAUAUGCGGUUGAUGAAUUUUGUGAUGUUGCAGGAAUUGAUGAAGCAGUUGACAAACUUCAAGAUGUAUCUUUUGGCCAAAUUACUAAGUUCAAAUUCUAGUUUUUGCUUUCAUAUUGUGUGUUUGUGUAUUUUGUUAGGUGGUGUUUUCUAUUUGAAUUGGGAUGUACUACUUGGUGAAGCUCGGAGGCGAUGUGGAUGAGUUCGGUAAAGCUCGGAGGCGUGGAGGUUCAAUCACCGAAGACACGUGAUGGAAUCACCACUAAUGAAAAUGGUGAUCAUGAUUACGUGGAGUAUAACAACUCUUCCACAAUGAGUCCCUGUCAGGAUCACUCUCCAUGGCUCUCUGCUUAACAUCAUUUUCCCUUUAUAAGUCUGGUGCGAGAAGCUUGACGACAGAGGAGACAAGACGUUGUGCUGUGGAGAUGCGAGUUGUAGUGUGGUGCGGCACUAGGAGAUAGAACUUUAAGUUCAGAUAUUUUAGUUGUAGCUUUAACUUUUUCAAAAAUUUGGUUUAGUUUGAUUUUAGUUUAAUAUACUAGUCAUAUAACCCAUUUUAAUAUACAAAUUUUUUAAAUA